CAGCGCCGGCGGCGUCCCGCGCGGGGUGGGGCGGGACUCGGUGUCCCAGAGAGCCGCGCGCGGGGCCACGAAGCCGCGUCCGCCCUCGCCGCCGCCGCCGUCGCCGCCGUUCCGCGGGCUGGAAGGCCCGGGCGUCCCCGGGCGAACGGAGGCUGCGGGUGGGAGCCUUCGCGGGCGCUGCGGAGCGGGCCGGGGGAGGCCGGGAUGGAGCCCCGCGGAGUGGACUGACGCGAGCGGGCCGGUUCCGAGCCUCCCGCGGGACCUCGGCGCCUCCCGGGCCGCGGACGGAUGGUGCGAGGGCGGCGCGGCCAUGGCUCACCUCAGGGGAUUCGCCACCCAGCACUCGCGAGUGGACCCCGAAGAGCUCUUCACCAAGCUCGACCGCAUCGGCAAGGGCUCGUUCGGGGAGGUGUACAAGGGCAUCGACAACCACACCAAGGAGGUGGUGGCCAUCAAGAUCAUUGACCUGGAGGAGGCUGAGGACGAGAUCGAGGACAUCCAGCAAGAGAUCACCGUGCUCAGCCAGUGCGACAGCCCCUAUAUCACCCGCUACUUCGGCUCCUACCUGAAGAGCACCAAGCUGUGGAUUAUCAUGGAGUACCUGGGUGGCGGCUCCGCAUUGGACCUGCUUAAACCGGGCCCCCUGGAGGAGACCUACAUCGCCACCAUCCUGCGGGAGAUUCUGAAAGGGCUGGAUUAUCUGCACUCGGAACGCAAGAUCCACCGGGACAUCAAAGCUGCCAACGUGCUGCUCUCGGAGCAGGGCGACGUGAAGCUGGCGGACUUUGGGGUGGCCGGGCAGCUCACGGACACGCAGAUCAAGAGGAACACCUUCGUGGGCACCCCCUUCUGGAUGGCGCCUGAGGUCAUCAAGCAGUCGGCCUAUGACUUCAAGGCUGACAUCUGGUCCCUGGGGAUCACGGCCAUCGAGCUGGCCAAGGGGGAGCCUCCGAACUCCGACCUGCACCCCAUGCGUGUGCUGUUCCUGAUUCCCAAGAACAGCCCGCCGACGCUGGAGGGCCACCACAGCAAGCCCUUCAAGGAGUUCGUGGAGGCCUGCCUCAACAAGGACCCCCGCUUCCGGCCCACUGCCAAGGAGCUGCUCAAGCACAAGUUCAUCACGCGCUACACCAAGAAGACCUCCUUCCUCACGGAGCUCAUAGACCGCUACAAGCGCUGGAAGUCUGAGGGGCACGGCGAGGAGUCCAGCUCUGAGGACUCUGACAUUGACGGCGAGGCUGAGGACGGGGAGCAGGGCCCCAUCUGGACGUUCCCCCCCACCAUCCGGCCGAGUCCACACAGCAAGCUGCACAAGGGCACGGCCCUGCACGGCUCACAGAAGCCCGUGGAGCCCGUCAAGAGGCAGCCGCGGUCCCAGUGCCUGUCCACGCUGGUCCGGCCCGUCUUCGGAGAGCUCAGAGAGAAGUACAAGCAGAGCGGCGGGCGCGUGGGGGCGCUGGAGGAGCUGGAGAACGCCUUCAGCCUGGCCGAGGAGGCCUGCCCCGGCAUCUCCGACACGCUGAUGGUGCACCUGGUGGAGCGUGUACAGAGGUUUUCACACAGCAGAAACCACCUGACGUCGACCCGCUGAGACUGCUGCUCACAGUGGGGACGGGGCCUGCGUCUUGGUCCUGAGAACUGUGCUGACCCGGGAGGCCUGCGAGCCGUCAGAGCCCGGGCCUCGCGAGCCGGGUCACGGUCCCCUUCCUUGCAGUGUGCUGUCCUACCCGCCCGCUUCCACCUCCCCCUCGCGGCCCAUCUGAAGCGAUGCCUGACGGCAGAGCCCCCAGAGGACCACGCAGCCAUGUGGCCCGGUCUCCUCAGCAUCCCUUGGGAGCUGGGCCUGGCCCCUCUGUGGACUGGGGCGCCCCACCAAGGGGCAGAGCAGUGUCGGGGCAGCUCUGCCUCUUUGCCGCGACACUGGGGUGGGGCACGGGGCGGCCCCCAGAGGAGCACCCCAGCCGGGUCCUCCUCACCCCGCCCGCUGUCCUCACGUUGGCCCAAGAUGGUCAUAGAUUUCGCCUUGUGGUGUCAGAUCAGGUACUGUGUCUGCUCAUGAGUAUUUGUGUCAUCCAGAAUGUUUUGUUUUUUACGAAAAGUGAGCUUGUUUCCUUAAGUAUUCUGAGGUUGUUAGUUUUCGUAGAACGUUGAGAGGCCCCGGCCACUUUCAAUAAAGACCUGACUUGGA